AUGAUGGCCAUGAACGCCAAGCAGCCUUUCGGCAUGCAUCCGGUGCUUCAAGAACCCAAAUUCUCCAGCCUGCACUCCGGUUCCGAGGCCAUGCGCCGAGUCUGUCUCCCAGCCCCGCAGCUGCAGGGUAAUAUAUUUGGAAGCUUUGAUGAGAGCCUGCUGGCACGCGCCGAAGCUCUGGCGGCGGUGGAUAUCGUCUCCCACGGCAAGAACCAUCCGUUCAAGCCCGACGCCACCUAUCAUACCAUGAGCAGCGUGCCCUGCACGUCCACUUCGUCCACCGUGCCCAUAUCCCACCCGGCCGCGCUCACCUCGCACCCGCACCACGCCGUGCACCAGGGCCUCGAGGGCGACCUGCUGGAGCACAUCUCUCCCACGCUGAGCGUGAGCGGUUUGGGCGCCCCAGAGCACUCGGUGAUGCCGGCGCAGAUCCACCCGCACCACCUGGGCGCCAUGGGCCACCUGCACCAGGCCAUGGGCAUGAGCCACCCACACGCCGUGGCGCCUCACACCGCCAUGCCCGCGUGCCUCAGCGACGUGGAGUCGGACCCGCGAGAGCUCGAGGCCUUCGCCGAGCGCUUCAAGCAGCGGCGCAUCAAGCUGGGAGUGACCCAGGCGGACGUGGGCGCGGCUCUAGCCAACCUCAAGAUCCCCGGCGUAGGCUCGCUCAGCCAGAGCACCAUUUGCAGGUUCGAGUCUCUCACUCUCUCGCACAACAACAUGAUCGCGCUCAAGCCGGUGCUCCAGGCCUGGCUGGAGGAAGCCGAGGCUGCCUAUCGAGAGAAAAACAGCAAGCCAGAGCUCUUCAACGGCAGUGAGCGGAAGCGCAAACGCACGUCCAUCGCGGCGCCCGAGAAGCGCUCGCUCGAGGCCUACUUCGCCAUCCAGCCGAGGCCCUCCUCCGAGAAGAUCGCGGCCAUCGCUGAGAAACUGGACCUUAAAAAGAACGUGGUGAGGGUCUGGUUUUGCAACCAGAGACAGAAACAGAAACGAAUGAAGUACUCGGCGGUCCACUGA